CACAGGUUUUUUUAAAAUUAAUUAAUCAGUUGUUAGGUUUUUUAGGUGGUAUUUUAAUGUGCUAGUCUAUUGUGAUUUCUUUAAAAAUAAUAAUUUUCAAAUCGUUAACAAGCUAGUAAAUCAAUUACCGCUGUCAGGGAAUGUAUUUUUCAACGCUCGCCAUGUCGUUUUCGUACCGCACACAUCGCCGGAAUGCUGGUGGUCGAUUAGCCACCACAGCCGUCAUAUUGCUGUCCGUCGUUUUCAACAAUCAGUUUUACGUGAUGGGAGAUGGUAACGAUCAGCCAUUACAGCAACAAUUGGGUUACAAUCAGUUGCAACCUAACCAAAUGGGUUAUAAUCCGUCCUUACAACUACCACAACAACCGUUACAACAACUGCAACAACAACCGCAACAACAACCGCAACAACAACCGCAAACGUCACCGACCAUGAAUAACAACAACAGACCGUUACAACAACUGCAACAACAACCGCAACAACAACCACAACUACAACCGCAACUACAACAGCAACUACAACCGCAACAACAACUGCAACAACAACCGCAAACGUCACCGACCAUGAAUAACAACAACAGACCGUUACAACAACUGCAACAACAACCACAACUACAACCGCAACAACAACUGCAACUACAACCGCAACAGCAACCACAACUACAAUCGCAACUACAACAGCAACAACAACCGCAACAACAACCGCAACAACAACUGCAACAACAACCGCAACUACAACCGACCAUGAAUAACAACAACAGACCGUUACAACAAAUGCCUGUGGAUACAAAUAUGCCGUCGACCAACAACCCCAGUUUUCCACAAUUACCCAAUAGUUCUUUACUAAGUGGCAAUCAACAACAGCUCCAACCAAACGGUAAUGAGUAUAAUAUAGACGUGCAACAACCGCAGCAGCGACCUUUGAAUACGAAUCAGCUCACAUCUACUAAUCAACAACAACAACCAUUGCCCAACUCUAACCCACAGUUUUAUCCAAAUCUACAACUACCAAACGGAAAUAAUAACACACCAUUAUUGACAAUGGCCAGUCAACCACAACAAACAUUAGCCAAUUCUAACCAGCCGCUCAUUCCGAACCAACAACCGAACAACCAACAACUAUUAUCGAAGAUGCCUGGUCAACAACAACAACCAUUGCCCAACUCUAUUCAGCAGUUUUUGCCUAGCAACCAACAGCAAUUACCAAACAGAUAUGAUCAGUUUUCAUUACCGAACAUUGGCAGCCAACAACAACCAAACGGAAAUAUAAAUAAUCCACCAUUGCCGACAAUAGGCAGUCAACAGCAACAACAAUCUUUGCCGUUAUCGGAUUUCACGUCAGGAACGCAACAAUGGCCACAACAGCCACAGGCAGGAUUCAAUGUUAAUUCGUCUAAAUUGGCCAAUGGCUUAGGCGAUAAAAUGCAAAAUGUAAUGCAGCAACAACCAAUGCCACAGAAAUUCCAAAAUCAGUUUGACCAGGAGAAUAGGCAACCGCAGUACAAUCAGCAACAGCUACAACAACCGUCGCCACCACUGAAGUACCAGAAUAGCUAUCUGAAUGGCAUCAAUCCGUUCAGUCAGAUGGGCACCGACCAGUCACAAGAUGCAUAUGCUGACGAACAGCAGCAACCAGGUAAUUUAUACAGUCCCUUUAAUAAUAAUAAUAAUAUUAACAAUAAACCUCAAGGGGCCAAAAAUUAUUUUCAACAAAUGUGUCCUAAACGCGCAGGAAGAUUGAAUGGCGGCAAUGACAAUACGGACAACUCAGGUCUAACGGAUUUCGUGAAAAUGCCAAUGAACAUGGUGCAACAGAACGGCGAGCAAUUAAUGAAAAUACCGUUGAGCGUGGGCCAAAAUUUGGGUAGUGCUUUCUUGAAUGGAGCGCGGGGUUUGUUGGGCGUCAAGAGCAACAUUAUAAACACGUUGUUCAAACCGUUCGCCAUGGUGCCGCAAAUCAGUAACUCUGUCACCCAAAUGGAACAAAGUGCGUUGGACAAGUUAGAAAACACAAUUUCGCCGAGCCCACAGCCAUCACUGAACUCGCAGCCGUCUAUAUCUUCCAACAUGCCGGGCAACAGCUACUAUCAGCAUAGCAAUUCCGGCCAAUACGCUGAUCCAAACAAGUUGAAAUACUCCCAACAAAACAUGGCACAGCAGCAGUACGCGCAAAAAAUGCCCGGAGUCCAAUAUAAGCCACAACAAAUGUCCGGGAGCCCAUUAUAUCAGCAACAAAUGCCCACAAAUCAGUAUUACCAACAGCAAUCCCCUAAUCAGCCUUCAUAUCCUCAACAAGAUAAUAAGUCGUCGACACAAUUCAGAAACGGCAAUCCCAUCAACGCUCCCCAGAGCAGAAAGUUUUACACAUACUACUAGUUAUUUGCCCGUGUAUACCAUUAUUAUUAGAUAGUUAAUCCACGUUUUAUGUUUUAUUAGUGGACCUUAAUAAUAGCGUAGAUAUUUUUUAUUGCAAUUUACUUAGUGAAUUUGUUUGUUUUAAAAGCAAAAUUGAAUAUAUUGUACUAUGUAACUGAUUAAAAAUAUUAUAUUAUUUUUUAUGAGUAGAAAUAUUUUUGAGACAUUACAGUCAUUCCCUGAUUUUGAUUUGAACCUCUUUUUAAAUUAAUGUUUUUGUUUAUUAUUUUGAAAAUGUUAUACUUGUUAGUUUUCUUAUUUCUGCUAUGAUCUUUUGAACUAAAAUUUAGAUGGAUGCAGAUAACCUUUUAAAUAAAAAAAAAACUACUGUUACAAGAACUUAAAAGUAACUGGAAAAUACAACCUUAGUAUUAGAACCGCAGUGACCGUUUUCUUAUUAUUUAUCAUGAUCUCUAGCUCGUUGAGAGAGUAUGUUCGCUCGGUCAUUAGAAAUAUCACGAUCACAGUCAAGUAAGGAUAUUAUGUAGAAUACAAACAGAUUAACAAGUCUUAUACAUAGUAAUCUUUAAGCAUAAAAAUAUUUAUAAUUUUUUAAUAAUGAAAU